CGCAUUGUUUACCAAGGAUUCUCACAUAAGGAAAACAGUGGUACUUGAGUGAUCCUCUCUUUAAAACCUCCUGAUGAUUUUCUAUAUAAACAAGGCAAAUCACAAAAAACCCUAAAAUCUGUUCGCGUUUUUUAUUUUUAAAGAAUUGAAGGAGAGUAGUGCAUAGGCUCAGGCAAUCAUGGCCAUCUCAAGUGUUUGUCCAACUGAGGAUGCUGUUCAAGCAUUUUUGGAGCACUUGGUUGAUCCUUUGCUACCUUCUAAAUAUGCAGUUCGGGAAACUCCAUCGCUAGCUACUCAGGAAUUAGUAGCCAAACAGGUACAUGCUGUUGUGUUACUAUACAACUAUUUCCUAAGGAAAAGACAUCCGGACUUAAGGUAUCUAGAUUUUGAGAAUUUUUGCAAGUGGGCUUUAGUUUUGAAGCCAAAUUUGAAGUCACAUAUGAAGCUCAUGGUAAGGACUGAUGAUACUGAGUUGAGUGAAGUUGAAAGUCAGUUUUCACUCCUUGAGAAAGCCAUCCAGGAUGCAUGUGUUAUAUCCAGAAGUUUAGAUGCUUUAAGCGCCAAAGGGUUGCCAGUUUCGAAAGUUUCCAUUCUUUUGACUGACCUGUCAAAAGAGAAUUGCAUCUUGCUGGAUGGUAGCAUCACUAGGGGUGUACAUUCAUUGAUUGAAAAAGAUGUGAACGAGUCCUGUUACAGUCCAGAUUGUUCUAUUGAGUCCAAAUAUAUGAGUAAAAGAAAAAAAGUCCCCAAUAAACGUGCACGAGAUGAAUUGGAUGCUAAUGAAUGUUGUUUCCAGCAAAUUGCUUUCUCAGCUGUUAAAGAAGCAACAAAGAAUGUGAUCAGUCAAAGCGAUCUUAACAUUAUUGAAAGCCAUCUUGUACGUUCUUUGAGUAAAGACAAGACCGCCACUCGCUUUUAUAUCAUGCAGUGCGUUCGAGCAGCAAAAGCUCGUUGGAUUCCUAUUAAGGACGUAUUUGACAGCUUGCGAGGACCAUUAUUGCAAAAGGUUUCCUCCAGAUGGAUGCACUCUCCUGUUGUUGAAUACUUCCACCUGCUUCCUUAUGCACCGAUCAUUUCUCAAUGGUUCUCGAGGGAUGUCUUUCCUAUCAGUUUCGAAGAACAGGAGUAUGUACAGGAAGUUGUAAAUGUAAAUGGCUUUGAAAUGACCGAAGAACCUUCAGAGCCCGAAGUUCAAAAUAACAGGAAUAAAAAUCUGUUUGAUGGUGGUCGAGUAGAGGCUUCCAGAAACAGCAGCGAUGCUGAAUCAGAGAAGCAGAAUAAGAAGAAUGAUCAUUUUACUAAUGACUUCAUGGAUGCCAUUAAUGGGCCUUGGAAUAUGGAUAUGGACAACCCUUCUGUGGUUCACAAUGAAAAAAUGUCUACUUCAAAAAAUGUAGCUGAGAGAGUCCAACAUGAUUCUCUGCUAAAGAAGAUUACUUCUCGGGCAGAGCAUGAUUUAAAUGGCAUGACUGAUGUUGCUAAGUUUGAGGUGGCUAACUCAGCAGUUCGAAACCUUAAUCAGCACAAGAAUCAAAAUGUUAUCACUAGAAAAGCAGCAUCGAAUAAUACGCCUGGUCAAGCUGGGAUACUUAUGGGUAAUCAUGCUUCGGUUAUAUGUGAAUCCAACUCCAAAUGUUCAGCCAAACUACACAAUGCCAUCGCGUCAAAGGAUCAUGUCUUGUCGAAAACUGCUCUGAGAGUUCUACUUAAUAAAAGGGAUAAACUGGUUCUUCAGCUUCGCAAAAUUGGAGAUGAGAUUGCUCAAUGUGAUAAAAAAAUGCAAACAAUCUUGAAUGGUGGUGAAGAUGAUUUGGAAUUAAAAUUAGAUUUGGUCAUAGAAGGUUGUAAUGAUGCAUGUCCAGAAAGUACUGGCGAAGAGAGGACUUCCAAAGAUUACGAAGACCCAUGUUGGGCCCAGUGCAAAAAACGAAGCAGAUCCUCAGAGGAAGCAUCCAGCAAGCAUAAUCCAUGUCAGGAGCUGGAUGGUAUAUGCAAAGACAAGAACUGGGUAUUGCCAACUUACCAAGUAUUCCCAUCAGAUGGUGGAUAUCAAGCCAAGGUAACUGUAAAAGGGACGAACUUCGAGUCAUUGAGCUUGGGUGAUGCAUGUCCAAAACCCCAUGAAGCAAGAAGCUCAGCUGCAACAACGAUGUUGGCCAAGUUGCUUGACCAUGUCUAGUGGGUGAAAUGAAACAAACAUUAGCUUCUUGAUUUUGGUUCCCAUCAUAUAUAUUCAACUUUUUAUAGGACGUCCUAUUAGCUUGCUUACAAUAGUUUGUUAGCUACUUCUUUUGGUUUGAAUAUUUAUACGUCGUGAUUAUAUGAUAUGAUUACGACUGGAAAAAAAUCAUUAAAAUAGGAUACAAAAAUAUAUGAUGAUAUGAAAGAUCUUUUUCUUGUUA